UCCAAAUGCAGACUUAAUUCAAAAUCUAUUAAUUUUGCAGCAGAUUACGAAGCUCUAAUUAGAUAGAUCCUGACUGUGCGAAGUAGACUUGAAAUCCCUUUCCUGGCUAUGGGUUUAGUAUCGAUUGUAGACCUUGCUAAGUAAAUAAGUAUGGGAGAAUGUUUCUUGUAGGCCCGGCCAUGCAUCACAAUUAGGCGGUUGCUUGAUUUAACUGAAUUGUUUUAUCGCGUUCGGCAAUUCUUGCGACGCUUUUCUUUGAUAAGCGCCUGUGACGUCACAAAAACGUCUGUUGGAUGUUGUUUGCGGUUAAUUCCAGAUUUUCGUUGUUGUUAACUGAUUCGAAAAUAACAAUUCAUUUAUGUUUUAGUUUAUAGUAGGGUGGGGGAAGAUGGAACACCUUUUCAUUCUAUUUUCUCGUCCCAUUUGAUAGUAAACAAAGAACAUUCAAAAAAUGAUUAAAUCGUAUCCUUACAGCUCCUAUAGACCGGUGUUAAUUGUUUAAAACACGGUCAGGAUAUUUGAAUAUUGUGUGUUAAAGUGUCCCAUCUCACCCCACGCUAUGUAUAACAUGUUUAAUACGUGGUAACUUGUCAGCAGGCACGAGGUGUAUUAAAUAGAACACUUGUGUUGUAACAAAUGUCGUUACCCCGCCACGCAAGGAUAAGUAAGCCACAUUCAUUCAUACUAUUCACAUACUUUUUUUAACAGAUUUAUAAAACUUGAAGUUAGCUCUAUUAGGUCACUUAUAAUGACGUCAAGGCCUACACGAACGAGUGUACAAGCUCGCCUUCAUCAAAUAGAAAGUGCCAACGCCACGAAAGAACAUCUUUCUAAAAAUCCAAAUAUCGCUCGUAAGAAUGACGCCAGUGAUGACGUAAGCAGCGAUGACGACACGUUCGCAUUUGGAGAUUUAGUAAAGGCUCUGACGUCAGAGGGUACGUCAUCAGGGGGCAUGAGCGAGACAGACGCAUUGAAGGAAGCUUUUAAAAUAUUGGAUUGUGACGAAGAUGGUUACAUUACACUGUCGGAUCUCCGAGUGAUGAUGUCAGAGUUUGAUGACGUCAGUCCCGAUGACGUAAGCGAGGAGGAUUUGGUUGAAAUGAUAGCAGCGGCAGAUUUAGAAGGAAAGGGUAGAAUUGACUUCAAAAGUUUUGUAAACGUUUUAAAAUCGAAGGAAAAAGAUUCAAAAGAAAAGAAAAAAAGCACUUCCAGUAAAACUGAAUAACUGAAAGAAUAUAACUUGUUUUUUCCUUGCAUGGCGGGGCAACGACAAUAGUUAUAACGCGGGUGUUCUGUUUCAUACACCUCGUCCCUGCUUACAUGUUACCAGAACAUAGAAAACUGUUGCUGAAUGCUUUUUUUCUGUACAGCUCUCACUGACCACUACAAAUAUUAGUGCCUUGCCUAUAAGCUCACGUAUACUUCUACAGUAGUGGCAGCACCAAGCCACGUACCCGCACACUCUGUGCUAAAGUCAGGCGCCAACCAAAGUUGGUCUAUACUAACUUUGACGCCAACUAUUGUCCCACGGCGCCUACUACACAUGGUAGGGUGAGGGGAGAUGAGACACCUUAUCAUUCGAUUUUUCAUUCUAUUUUCUCGUCAAAUUUGGCAUAGUAAACAAAAAAUCAAAUAAUUAUAAAACCGUAUUUUUACUCCCAUAGACCGUUGUGAAUUGUUUAAAACACGAUCAAGAUAUGUGGAUAUUAUGUGCUAAAGGUGUCCCCUCUUCUGUCACCCUACUAUAGUAACACUCGAUUUCACCUUGCAUACUUGCCAUAAUUAUCACUGUAAAUAUUCCUUCAAUCUUCCACAUGUAGUUGCAAUCUUUAUUUCUUUCAAUAAACUCGCUGUCUUACUACAUUGAUCGUACGUAUGUUGUAAAAUUAUAGUAAUUGUAACGAUAUACAAUGAGAAACUUUC